AUAAUAGCUUUCCAAAUAUGGUCCGGGGACUUAGAUUUGGGGGUCCAUCAACGAAUGUUGCGUUCCAUCCAGAGAUGGUUGAUUGUAGCGCAGAAAACCAGUUUACCCACAGUGUCACAGAUCGAAGGGCUAGAGAAUGUCAUAUCAAUCCAGAUGCAUUCUCUAUCAAAAGGAAGGAUGGGUCUGGUGUUGGGCCAGUAUUUCAAGGAGCUUUACUCUGAUGUGUUUCCUGACCAGAACAGGAGCUUGAUCUACUUCAUCAGCAGUGCGUCUUCUCAGGUGUUUGCUGAUGAGGCUCUCUGCCCUUUUGAAGCCAUCAAAUUCCAUGUUCAAACACAACUUAAUUUUGCAAAGGGCUUGGGUGAUGGAUUUCCAAAAUUUUAUGCAACUGAAGGCCUCUCUGGGCCAGCAAGUGGUGAUCUUAAAAGUCAGUUCAAAGAAGUGAACUAAAAGCUUAAGCUGUAAAUGGCAAUCAUAGGUCGACCAUGUUAACCUUUGUUACGUCAGGUUACUUGUCACUAUUAGGCUUUCCAAUGAAAUGGCAAAUUAAGUUGAUCAAGUCAUUGACAGUUGAUACUACUACAGCAGUGGCACUUUUUCUCUUCUGCCAUAAUUUUUUCUUGGAACAGUUCAUUGUGGUGACACAAUGUAACUCUUUAACUCCUGUUUGUGCAGUGUCCAGUUCUUCCUCAUAGCGCUGAAAUAUGGUGAGUUCGUAUGUAUAUAUAAUCUGGGAUUCUGAUUUUGAUCAACUGACAUUCAGCAUGAUGGAGCUCCAAGCUUCUUCACUUGUCCAUGGUUCAUGUGGCAAAACCUGUUUACUACUAUUCAGGUUGGAAGGCCAUCCUCCAUAUUGGCCAUAUAACCAAUACUCCAGGGGAACUAAACUGAUGAAUUACUGAAAUGCAUUUGUACCGUGCCACUAAU